AUGGCUCAAACUGAGGUCAAAUCCUUCAAAAUUAAUAUCCCCGAUACUGAAAUUGACCUCGUACGAAAGAAGCUCGAACUCGCACGUUUUCCUAAAGGCCUUGACGAGGCUGAGUGGGCUGAAGACAAUGGGAUUACACCUCAAUUUAUGCGAGGGAUCGUCCAAUUUUGGAUCAAAGAAUACGACUGGCGAAAAGAAGAAGCCAAGAUCAACGAGAUGCCACAGUUCACAACUGUCAUGGAACUGGGGGACUUUGGUUCCUUCCCGGUUCACUUUGUUCACGCCAGGUCAAAGGUCGAGCAUGCUAGACCCCUGAUAUUCCUUCAUGGGUGGCCUGGCUCUAUUAUAGAAGUCCAAAAGAUUCUCCCAGAUCUAUUGGCAGCGGGGUAUCACGUUGUUGCACCAUCGCUUAUCGGAUUUGUCUUCUCAGGAUAUACAAAAAAAGCUGGCUUCGACUACGGCCACCAGGCAGAGAUAUUCCACAACCUCAUGCAACGGCUCGGUUAUGAGAAGUAUGCAGUUCAAGGUGGAGACUGGGGCGCAAUUGUUGCGCGAGCAAUAGCAGUGCAGUUUCCCGAAAAUGCUCAGGUGUUGCAUACCAAUGUCGUAAGUCUGGCCGCUUCAUUCUCUCUCAAGUUUGAAAGUGGAGAACGAACUGACCGUUACGUGGUGAAGGCCUUCCCUAGGCCUCCAGAGAACGCCGACGAGCUCACUUAUAGCGAAUUCGAACAGGCUGGACUGAAGCGAGGUGAGUGGUUUCGAACAAACGAGACAGCAUACCAGCAAGUCCAGAUUACGAAACCUCGCACAUUUGGUUUUGCUAUGCAUGACUCGCCAGUCGGCUUUCUAGCGUGGAUGGCUGAUAAGCUUAUUUCUUGGACCGACAAUUAUCCUUGGACCUUUACAGAACUCAUCACUUGGACUUCAUUACACUACUUCCCAGGUCCCACAACCGGAUUUAACAUGUAUCGCGAGAAUAUUAAACUUGUCCUUGAACCUCCAGCUCGCCUCGGGAACUCGGUGGUUACAAUUCCGUUCGGUUUCAGCGCGUUUGCCAAGGAACUUUUGUUACCACCUCGAUCAUGGCUCGAAAAAGACCAUAACCUCGUCUACUGGAAGGAACACGCAAGGGGAGGACAUUUUGCCGCUUACGAGCUGCAUCAUGAGUUUGUGGAUGACUUGAUAGAGUUUCUUCAAAAGUUCUGGAAAUAG